AUGCAUUGCCUGAAAAGUCUGAGGACAGCUAACCCGGGAAUCUUGCAGCUUUUUAAAAAUGCAGGGAUCUCCGCCAGAGUUGGAGCUGACAACAUUGUUUUGUCCAGGACGCAGCAACCUGUUCCUUUUCCCUGCCGGGCCGCAGCAUCACCCCACACCCACAGAGCUUUUCAUCACCAGAAGGGCCCUGACCAAGGACACUCAAAAAGUAGGUUGAUGUCGAGUAUGGAGGACCUACUUUUCUACACCAUCACUGAUGGCAAAGAGAUGAUCCCCCUCUCCCAGUUCAUCUCUGCUUUGAGAAAAACUGGUUUGUUGACGUCUGACCCUCGGCUGCGUGACUGUGUCCAUCAGAUGCGACAAUCCACACGUGACUCUACCGGGCCAGUCAUGAUGGACAAGAUGCUAUUCAGAAGAUGCGUGGGCAACAACAUCAUGCUGCUGACUAAGGCCUUCAGAAAAAAGUUCAUCAUCCCGGACUUUGAAGAGUUUGCCCAGCAGAUUAAUAAGAUGUAUGAUAGUGCACAACAGCAGGAGGUUGGACAAGUAGCUAAUUACAUUCCUCAGCUGGCUAAGUUCAGCCCUGAUCUGUGGGGUGUAUCUCUGUGCACAAUCGAUGGACAGAGACACUCUGUGGGUGACACAAAGGUUCCCUUCUGUCUGCAGUCGUGUGUGAAGCCUCUGGAGUACGCCAUCGCAGUGCACGAGUUCGGCACUGAGCAUGUUCAUCACUUUGUGGGCAAAGAGCCCAGUGGAUUCAAGUUCAACAAACUGUCUCUAAAUGAGGAAGAUAAACCACACAACCCAAUGGUGAAUGCUGGAGCUAUUGUCAUCAGUUCUUUAAUUAAGCCUCAUUCAAAUACAGCCGAGAAGUUUGACUGUGUGAUGGAGUUCUUGAAAAGCAUGGCUGGUAUGGAGUAUGUGGGAUUUAGCAAUGCAACUUUCCAGUCAGAGAGGGAAACCGGUGAUAGGAAUUAUGCAAUUGGUUAUUACCUCAAAGAGAAAAGGUGCUUUCCUGACAAUGCUGAUAUGACAGCAGCCCUUGACUUCUACUUUCAGCUGUGCUCAAUUGAGGUGACCUGCGAGUCAGGAAGCGUUAUGGCUGCCACACUGGCCAACGGAGGUAUUUGUCCAAUCACAGGCGAGCGUGUGCUGAGCGCCGAAGCCGUUCGCAACACCCUGAGUCUCAUGCAUUCCUGUGGCAUGUACGACUUCUCCGGACAGUUUGCUUUCCACGUGGGCUUGCCUGCUAAAUCUGGCGUUUCAGGUGCUGUUCUGCUGGUGGUCCCCAACGUCAUGGGCAUGAUGUGUUGGUCCCCACCUUUGGAUCGGCUUGGAAACAGCGUUCGUGGCAUUCACUUUUGUCAGGAGCUGGUGUCUCACUUCAACUUCCACAAUUAUGACAACCUGAGACACUUUACUAAAAAACACGACCCCAGAAGAAGAUCAGAUGAUGAUUUAAACAAGUCAGUGGUAAAUCUGAUGUUUGCAGCCUACAGUGGUGACCUCUCUUCUCUGAGGAGAUUUGCCCUUUCAGCUGUGAACAUGGAGCAGAGAGACUACGACUCUCGCACAGCGCUCCACAUUGCUGCAGCAGAAGGUCAUGUAGAAGCUGUAAUCUUUCUAACUGAAAUAUGUAAAGUGAAUCCCCACAUGAAAGACAGAUGGGGGAACACACCCUUGGAUGACGCCAUGCAGUUUGGCCAUGAUGUUGUUGUUUCAGUCCUGCAAGAGUACCAGUGUGUGUACAAUGACAGCGACCCACCAGGCGACACAGAGGAGCAGAAGCCCACGCUGGAUACGUUGAAGAGCAUUGUUUAAACCACAAGGGAUCAUAAGGGUUUGAAAAUGGAAAUUAAUCUAUUUCAUUAUGCACCUGAGAGAACUGAAAUGACACAGGAUGAUUGAGAGACACGAAGAAUGAAUGGGUGUAUCUUAAAUGUGGUAAUAGAUGUUUUAUAAUAAUGAUGUGGGGGUUGUCCUUUAGCUUUAGAAAGCUAUACAGUGCAGGAUUAAAUCCCUUUUUAAUGCUUUUCUGCACACUGGAGAAAUCUUUCAACAUUGUAAAAUAUCGACAAUGCACAAUAAAUACAGGCCAUGCGUUGCUUGUGUGGAGAAAAAUUACAUUAAUUUAAGCCAUGAUUUGGCUUGUGUUGCAAUAUUAAUAAACCGUUUGUGCUAAGCUUUUGAUAGAGAAUGCCACUAAGAGAUGUAAAUAUCUUAUAUAUUGUGUUUAUUUAUUCUUUUUAAUAUUGACAUCUAUUUUGCUUCAUUAGUAUGUCAUUUAAUCAGGGGAUUUUAUGCCCCCUGUGUAAUAACUGUAUAAAUAUUCCCAAAGCUGCUUUAUUAAUUAUUCUACCUCAACAGGAGGUGAUUCACUUGCAUUUGUGCCUGUAGCACUGGAGGUUUCAUUAUAGUUUAUGCCAGUUCAUUGACGCUCAUAUAGUCCAGUUUAUUCACUGCUGUUACAAUGAGUUUAUGUGGUUAUUGUUUUAUUUUUGGAGGAAUUGCUCUUGCUUCAUUAAAAUUACCUUUUUUGUUCGGAAACAUCUGUGCGUCUUAUGCGCUGGGAACAUUUGAGUUACUCUUACACAAAAUAUAUUAUUCAAUUUAUGCAAAUGACUGUUGGAAACUAGACAGUGUGUAGAAGUGUUUCUGACAUAAUGAAAAGUAAAGCUUUUGUUUGUUAGUAUGCAGUGUCCCGAGAAUCUCAACCACCAUAGGAUUAAUAGUGUAUAUUUAACAGUGCUAAAUGCAAACUAAAUCAUAUGAUAAAAAUGUAAUACUCUACACUUAAAUCAUCUCAUAUUAUUGCAUCUUAUGUCUUUGUAAAUAUGUAUCAUCCUGCUGUAAAUAAAAGUAUAAAAUGUGAAA